AUGUCGUUGAAUCCUCUCAACUUUGUUUUUUGGACCCUGGGCCGAUCUGCAACAGGGAUCGAACGGCCAGCACUCAAUUUAGUCAAUCGAACUUGCGAGGACCGGGUCCUGGUCCUGGCUCCCUCUACAAGUGGCUCUGGGGGCCCUCGACGGGUGUCUGACACAGUCGAGGUUGAACGGCGCUCGGGUGGUGUCGUGGGAAGUGGUGAACUGCUUCGGGGCAGGGAUCCCUCUUCAAAUGAUCUUGAAGGCACGAAUGGUGAACUGCUUCACGGUGGGGAUCCAUCUCGGUCGACGGACGAGUUUUCUGAUCUUGAGUUGGACGAAGCAGGCCUCCAGCUAUUGGAUGGUCCUGCACCAAUGCAGGCGCCAGAACCUGAGACUGGAUCGGAGGAGUUUUGUGACUGCGAUAUGCCUAGCCUCCCUAAGGAGGAAUUGGAGCAUCAAGAACUGGAGGCACGGCUGUUAGCAGCAGGUGCCGAGGACAAGCUGCAUACUCAAAAAUACAAUCCUUCAACCAAACCAAUUGUAUUGUUUACGGCUCGCUAA